AUGUCCAAACAACAUAUCACCAUCUCCACCUCACCCGAAAGGCAACCGCUACUGUCUGGCGAAUCAUCGCCUACCGCAUACAACCGAUCACGAUCUGGCUCCCCAGAGCCUAUUUCGACCACAGUAGAUAACCAACCGAAACCUCCACCCCCGCACACCUCGCGUGCUGACCUUGUCUGGGUUCUUGCUGGACUUUGGAGUGCCGUCUUCCUCGGUGCAUUGGAUGGGACCAUUGUGGCUACGCUUAUGACGCCAAUUGGCAACUACUUUGAACGAUCCAACGAGGCCUCGUAUAUUGGGACAUCCUAUCUGUUAUCUGUCUGCUGCUUCACGCCCCUCUACGGCCGUCUAUCGGAUGUAUUAGGUAGACGCGGGGCCAUGUUACUUGGUCUUGCAUUCUUUGGCAUUGGGACGAUAUUAUGCGGCGUAGCUACGUCAAUGAACAUGAUGAUUGCGGCAAGGGCCAUCGCGGGAAUGGGCGGCGGAGGUGUCAUGACUGUUUCAAGUGUGGCAGUCACUGAUCUCAUCCCGCUAAAGCAACGCGGGUUAUAUCAAGGCAUGGCGAACAUUCUUUUCGGGUUGGGCGCAGGCGCUGGUGGUCCGCUCGGUGGAUGGCUCAAUGAUGCUUUCGGAUGGCGCUCUGCGUUUCUCUUUCAAAUACCAGUCCUAGCCUUCUCUGUCGUUCUUGUGGCAUGGAAGGUGCACAUCCCGCUCUCAGCCGAGCUGCAGGCUCAGAGUACACGGGAGAAGCUCAAGCGCAUGGACUUCUUUGGCUCUUUCACACUUGCUGGCACAGUCGGAGCCCUGCUCCUCGGCGUAUCACUCAAAGAAAGCGCCGCGCUCCCGUGGGCUUCGCCGGUGGUCUGGGGACUUCUCGUCGCAAGCGGUGUGCUUAUGAUUGUGUUUGUGACAGUUGAGGCGAAAGUAGCGGUCUCACCCGUUCUCCCGCUGCGACUGAUCACUCAGCGCACGCCGCUUGCUGUCUGCCUCUCCAACUUGUUUGGUAGCAUGGCGGCAUUCAGCGUCAUCUACAAUGUCCCUCUAUAUUUUACCGCAGUGCGAAUGGCGAGCUCCACAAACGCUGGCCUUCACCUCCUUCCACACUCGGCUGCCAUCUCGACAGGCAGCCUACUUGCGGGAUAUGUCAUGCGCCAUACUGGAAAGCUGUACUGGCUCACUGUAGCAAGUGCACUGCUGGCUACAUCUGCCACGUUGCUCAUAACGCAAUGGAGUGACAAGACGGCGACAUGGCAUCUUUGGCUCGACAUCAUGCCUCAGGGUCUCGGCAUGGCCAGUCUGAUUACGUCGACGCUCAUUGCUAUCAUUGCUGGUGUAGCGAAAGCAGAUAUUGCAGUCGCAACAGGCAUCACGUACCUAUUCCGCACGACUGGCCAAGUUCUCGGAGUAAGCUUGAGCGGAACUAUUCUGCAAGCCGUCCUUGGUACGAAAUUGCACGAGCGCAUUCAUGGACCCAAUGCGGCCGAGAUCAUCGCGAGUAUCCGACAUUCGACGGAUAUCAUUCCCAGCUUGAGCCCCCAGGAUCAAGCUGCGGCAAUCGCCUCGUACUCGGACGCCAUCCACGUAGUCUUCAUUUGCCAAGCCGCUCUUAAUUUCCUCACUUUCCUCUGCACGUUGCCCAUUCAGGAGAAUCCGUUGCCGGGGACACUUGAAGCGCAAGAAGAGCAGUUCAAACGGAAUCUUGAGGCUCAGCGGCGCGAAGCAGAACGUCGGACAUUGCAAAGUCCCAGUGAUGUUUAG